UCUCAGAUGCAGACUCUUCACCAACCAUUCCAGCAGGGGGCAGCACCAGACCUGUUUCUCUGAACAAAGAAAAUCGGAAGUGGCUGUACUACAAAUGCAGACUCUUCACCAACCAUUCCAGCAGGGGGCAGCACCAGACCUGUUUCUGAACAAAGAAAACCGGAAGUGGCUGUACUACAAUGCUGGAUUCGGACUCGUUCUUCAUCAUCUUAUGGACGGAAGACGGUAUGCUGAAGGGCUGGAGGAAGAUCUGCUGAAGAACCUAAACUUGCUCCUGCUUCUGGAAAAGGUUUCUAGGUAGAGCAGUCCUGCUCAUUAUCCACCAGCAGGAAGUGUAGCGCAGAAGAUGAACAGUUUGGUGGAGGCUGGAACAUUGAGCCAGACGUCGCAACGAUACCUCCAGGUGUUACCAUGUUCAUGAUCUGCAUAUUGUCCAGGUUCAGAUGAUGGAGGAACUCCUCUACAUGAUUACUUGCUGCCAAAUUUUGACAAAGAUGCUUCAGUACUCAGAAGUCGUACCACGUUAUAGUCCAUAACAGACCUGUUAAAGUUAUGUUUAUUGGUUUAUUUUUUGAAGACUAAAACAUGCAGUUUUGCCUCACUAAGCUGCUGCAAAAUGGCUUGAACCCACUGCUAAACCCAGUGGCUUGAACCACUCCUUGGGGCCUUAGUGCAGGGCCUACAACACAAGAUCUCAUUAUUAUUCCAUGUUGACUACAGGGGAUGUAUAGAGGUUCUACUCCUCCAUUGAUUGACUUAUAACAAAAUUAUCUCCCAUGUUGUUCUUGUGAUUGCCUAAACGAAUGAAGAUACCACAUUUAUAGUAAAUACAUGAAUCAAUCUUUAUUUGCAUUAUAUCACAUACAUCACUUACAUUUGCGGGGGCCUGGACAGGGGAAUGAUUAACUGAGACCAUGUGUGCUAAAGAACACUGUCAUUAGGCGCAUUCUUUCGGCUACCGUACGGCUACCCCGUCGUGUGGUGGUUUCCUUAGGGCGUUGCCUUUUAUCUCAGUGGAAAGAUUGGAGCCACAUUGGGGAGGGAGAGGGGAAAAAGCAUAUUUCACACUUUAUCCUUAACAGGGUACAGUUUAAGAUAUCAAAAAAGAACCUCAGCACAAAAACGCACAUAUAAACACCAGACAAACAUUUCAGCAGAAAUGUUUGUGAAGAUUCUCAGUCAUCAAGGUCAUGUUCAUGCUUGAAAAAAUUUGGUCUUGGCAGCUGGAUGUGAGGUUUUCUAGAAUUAGUUUCAACAACGCAGUGCACAGAAACAUCCAGUUCACACGGGAAGAUGUGAAAGAUGACAGCCUUGCUUUCCUGGACUGCGUGGUUCACAUCAUGGAAGACAGACAACUCAGUUUACAGGAAACCUGCACACCGACCAGUACCUCCCUUUUGACUCACUCCACCCACUGAAACACAAACUAGGCAUCAUCAGAACCCUCCAGACAUGAGCAGAAACCAUUCCCACCAUCAACAGAGGGAGGAUAAGAGAACAGGGACACAUUAGGACAUCUGGAGUUAUCCCAGAUGGGCAUUUCUAAAAACCAACAAGAAGAGGUCUGCUGAGAAGGAAGAAAAGAGAAGAAGGAACAUCGUCAAUUUCUGUGUUGAUGGAGUUGUUGAAAAACUCAGGAGGAUUUUCAACCAGCACCCAGUUGCCAUUUCAAACCUGGCAACACCCGAAGACAAAAUUACCCAGAAGAUUCACCUCCCACUCGUCCCCAUCUGAGUUCUGGGCUCUUCCGCCCUAACAUCCAGCGGAGUUUUGAUAAGGGGCCGGCCGAAGUCCAGAAUAAACUUGUUUUAAGAGCAAGCUGCACAGAAUCUUUCACCUGCCUUGAAGUCUUUGUCGCUGUGCUCCUAAUGGCGAAUCCAGUAUUCCAAACUUGUUGGACUUUUCUGCCUUGAAGCGAGCAUGCACAUCCAAGAUAUUAUCCCAUCUUACCCUUGAGGUCAACCACCACAGCCAGGUUGCCGUUCCAUCGCACCCAGCAUACGGCUCAGCUCACAGUCCUGCUCGUUCACAGCCUUUGUGAGCGCAUCAACUGUCGCCGACAUCCUCCAUAAUUGUAGAUACAUCAGGUAUCCUCGUAAUCCAUACAGAUGAUAUCUGAGUAUCUUAAGUCCAAACAUGUAUAUGUCUUCCACGUCCUUGACUGACAGCAUCGUAAAACACACCAUUCUGCAAGCCUUCCAGGAGUCUAGAGUUUAUCCCACAAAGUAUGUGCCAGCAGGACAAGACUUAAGCCUGUUUUCUAAUUGAGAAAAUGUUAUCAAUUGCAUUGAGAGACCAGCUGACUGGAUGCAUUGUAUGAUUCGGGUGAUAUGAAGAGAGGGCUCAGAGGGCUCUGCCUUAUGCCCUCUGGAAAGAAGCUUCUCAGCAUUCAAUGGAGGGCCAGCAGGUUCUGCAACAGCUGUUUCCCCGCUGCCAUAAGACUGCUGAACUGUUGAAAUUCUAAUUAAGUCAAAAAUCAAGACUGCAUCACACUUGUAAACAUCAUAUUGACACUACAUGGCCAAUUUUCAAAUCCUUUUAACUAGAACUCAAAUCAGUGUUUCUACUGCCUUUUGCACCAUAUUGAAUCAUUUAUUUUGCACUGCUCUGAACCGUCCACUUCAAUGCCUUUUGGAUCAUGUCUCUCCUACACUGUUUACUUUUUGAUCACUGCUGCACUUUAUAAAUGGAAAUGUUCAUUUCACUGCUAAGCUUCUCAUUCACUUUUGAAGCAGUAUGCAUCAAAAUGUGUAUACACUGUAUACAAAAUGACAAUAAAGUUUGUCAAGGUCUAGUUCCAUUUGUGUGAUAUAGGCACUUCCUGUCGCCUGUUGUCAUGGUGACUCAUCAAAGCUAUUCCGAUCUAAUUAAACUAACUCACAGCAGCUUUUUUGAAACCAAGAAUUCAGUUUACAACCUCAGACCAAUUCAGAGUUGACUCAUUUUUGAUUAUGUUAAAAAAAAAACAGGUUGAAUCUGUGCUGCUAAGAGCCAACAAGAACUACAGGCGGCCUGUUACUCAGUUUAUCUAGGUGUUUCCAAAUCUCUCUAAAAAUUACUGGAUCAUCUCGGCCCUUUAAUGAACUACAGCCUGAAGCCACAUCUAUUUUAACUUCAAAUAAUUCAUGUUAUUAAUACCCUGGUAAAUUCACAUUAAAGGGCCCGUAUCAUGCAAACUCAGCUUUUAAGCUGUUAACAGCUUUGUAAGGCUAUUCCUUAAUUAAAUAAUGCUCAAAGUAGUAGAAAGAAAGAGGCCAAUUAUCUAUUUACAAUGUUUUAGCCACUUACUCUGUUCAGUCUGGCUACUGUUGUCGAGAAACAGCAGCUGAUGCUAUUAAUCUUUAACAUCUUAAGAGAAAACAUCCCCACUGUCAUGUGAAGAGCUGCACUUUACACUCAGCCGGAGGAAACUUAGACACAAUCUCAACCAUCAGAGGCAAUGGUUUCACACUCAAAGGAAUGAAAUAUCUGUCUCUGUGGGGUUUAAAAUGUUUAUGAGGUGGUUAACGUUCAUAGCUCUUCUGGCUGCCUCAGUGAAUUCAGGAGGCCGGGUUUCUGGUCGGGGAUCGGUGACUUUUGAGUCAACCUGCAGGGUCAAAAGUGAACCAGAGGAAGAGCUGAUCUUACACUGUGGAGACGGAAAAUAUGAAGGUGUGGUCCAAUUCUGGCACACCCCAUUUGGUGACCUCCAGAGUUCCUCUUCACAGUCUAACCUGGACGCAGCGUUUAUUCACCUCGAUGGGCAUCUUGUGAUCCCAAACUCCAGCAUCCAUCACAGUGGACUGUACUACUGCAUCCUGCUUCACCUGGAUGGAUCCACACUGUGGCCCUAUGAGCUGCAUGUAGGUCUGAGCCACCAAAACGUAGCGGAUGAGGAUGAGCGCGGCAACAGUUGUUCUGCACACAGGUUCAGGAGGAACGCAGGUUUCCCAGAGAAGAAUGCAGCUGUGGUUUCGGAUGAGACUUUUGCCGGAGCGGUGGCUGCAUCGGUGCUGCUGACGUUUUUGGUGGGAUUCAGCGCUGGAGCUCUGCUACGGUCUCGUGUUCUCAGAUGCUUACAGGCACUCAGGGUCAGGAUGUCACGAAAGAAGCGACAACACCAGCCUGAUGUGCCAGACAGUUCCCGGGUCACCAUGACAACCCUGCCUCCCAUGUAUAAUAGCCAUGCCUUUAGGACUGAAACAAGGCAGCAUAAUGCUCCGCCGUCCAGAACCACAGAGACACCAGUUUUCCUUACAACACCAUCUCCACCUGCCAAACCUAAGAGAAGCUUCCGGAACAGAGAUGAGGAGAAACAGAAAGGAGCUGCAUACUUGGAAGGAUGUGAUUACAACCAGGAGGAGGAAGGUUGUGAGGAUGAAGAAAAUGAGGGGGGAGAGUCUGCUAAACCUUCUUUCCAUGUGCAAGAUGAAGGGAGUCGUAGUGAAACGGAGGAAGACAAAAGUGAAGACCUAGAGGAGGCUGGAGCAGCAAGCAGGGUCUCAAGAAUGGGGAAGAAAGGUGGAGCAGGGGAGCUGAGCAGAAGAGAGGAGGAGAUGAGCGGAGAGGCGGAUGGAGGACAACAAACGGAUGAGGAGAUUGCCCAGUCGCCCACGGAAACGGAUGAUGAGAAGAGCAACAAAAGCGAGGACGACACAGCCGAAGAGGAGCCUUCAACGUCGUCUUCCCGCCGUCGUCGGAGCCGCGUUAUCCGUUUAUACCAGUAUGACGAUGACGGCCAGAGAUACGGCCACCUCCCGGAUCCUGCCCCCCAGGCUCCAGAACCUGCCCCCAGGCUCAAACAUCGCUCCCUUUCUCUAACGCGCCUGAACGCCAUCAUGGCAGUAGCCUCCACAGGGCUGAUGGAGUCGGGGAAGGAGCAGGGCGAGGAGAAGCAGGGCUUCCACAUGAAGAUUUAAGAAAACCAUUCAGACUGGAGGCUGUUCGUGGAGAGGAAAAAGACCUCAGAGACAAACACAAAGUCUGCUGUCUGAGAAACUACCAAUGGUCAAAUAAUUUUAAAGAUGUCUGCCAAGUUAAAAAAAGCAAUAAACUCAGGGUGUGACCGGCCUCUCACAGCUGGAGAGAGGGACUAUGCCCCCAUUAGAGUAUGUAGGUUUAGACAGAAAUAAAAUAAAUGUCUUUAAUGUAAACUUAUGAAAUAAUUCUUUACUAAAGUGGUGAAAUCCUUAAACAUUUUGUUUCUUGUACUACAGUCUACUAUGAAUUAUAACAGUAACAAACAAGUUAAACAGGUAACAGUUCUUAGCUACUGAUUGUUCAAGGUGUACAAUAAUGGAGCUCCAGACCAAUCAUCCUGUUUACAGCAUUCUUAGCUCCGCCCACUGAGUGUUGACAUUAAAGCUGAGAGGUUCAUUAGAAUCAUCAUGAAUACACACUUCUGAAAAAUAAUUCAUUUGAAUAAUUCAUAGAAACAGUUUAUAUUGAAAUUUUCACAUUUAUAUUAUGAUUUUGUGGCCUUUGACUGCAACACUAUUGGAGGAUCGUCUGCUUUUAAUAAUUACACAUUAAAGUUGUCUAAAAAUGGAAGGUA